AUGUCUCAACUUCUGCCAGACAACUGUACGCAUCAGUCACAUGCUUCUUCUUCAGAGAAUAGUGAAGAGCAAACUGUUCACAUAGUAAGCCUUGAUCAGACGUAUAUUUGUUUCGAUGUGGAGCAACUGAGAAAUGCGAAGCAAGAUUUGAAAUUGAAACGGUGCGCAGGGGUACGUGAUCCUAUUGCAUGGCGUAUGCGGACAAAUGCUCCUACACGAUAUAUUGUGAAUCCAUCUAAAGGCGUUAUCCAUAAUGAUGAUCCUGUUACGCUGACAAUUGAAUUGGUGGAAAAUAAAUUCCAUCCAAAACAUAAACUGAUGCUUCAAGCAACUUUACUAAUUGAUGGUUGCAAUGAGCAGACAAUUUGGAAACACGAAAAUGCUAAAAACUGGGACAAAGUACAGACAAUACAAUUAACGUUAAGUACAAUGCUGAUCAAUAUUGAAACAUCCAAAUAUGAGGAAGAAAAUUUGGCAGCGUCAGUAGAAAAUUUUAAAAUUUUGAUGGAGAACAGUUCAACUACGGGACUAGAGCGUAUUCAAGAAUUGGAAAAUUUAUUGAAUAUGCUAAAAUGUGAUACCAGACAAUUUCGAAAAAACACAGGACGGACUAUUCAUUUAAAGACACUCCUCGAGCAAGCUUUAGAUACGCGUAAAGGAAGCUUGGUGGAACUGAAGCGUCGAGUAAUGGAAUGUGAGCAGAAAACAAAGAAAAUGAAAAAAGAACUCGAGGACAGAGAAGCUGAACUUCAGCUCGCGCGGAGAUUGCAAGCAAAUACUUUUAGUCAUCCAUCUUGUCAACUGUCAUAA